AUGGGAUUCUUGCAAUUGACUUUUUUGCGCGCGCUUGAAGACGAGAUCACUAUUAGUAAACACUUUACAAGCUACUUGACAAAAACGAAAGUUUCUGACUGGAAAUAUGAAGACGUAAUAAACAACCUGCUUGACCUUGGAUUCCUUCCUACUGACGAAGAUAAUGAUUUACAAAAACUUGGUUCAAUAUUUAAGGACAUUGCAACUAAGCUAAAAAACGAAAAUUCAGUAACAUACUCAGAAGCCGAACAUGGAAAAAUGGUAAGUGUCAAUGAACAUAUGGAAUAUUUAUAUGGAAUAUUGAACCUCCAGCACGCAAAACUUCCAAAACGAUUCAACAAAUACAUAAUGAAGAUGAAGGACGAAGCUGGGAUUGAAUUAAAACCUUUUUUGGUUACUCUUGAAGAAAGGGACAUGUUGGUUGAACUUUCUAAUUGCAAGAACACUUCUGAACUUGAGACUCUUUUAUCUACAUGGUACUCCAAGAAAAAUUUAUCUUCAAAUUGUAAAUACAUCAGAUUCGCUUUGUCUGCGAGUGUUGAGCUUUGGUCAACAAAGGCUUUGCUUAAUAAAACUCAUGAAGACUGGUAUCGGCUACAUCUUGAAACCAAGCGCUCUGAAUGUGUGAGUCAGGUUACGAAGAUUUUAAAGGAGGCUGAAAAAGACGUUAAACUACAACGAUUGGACUUUAUUUUAUGUGAUAUGAAUAGUGACACUGAUGUUUUGACAGUAGAAGAAAAGCCGUCUGUAAAUGGCGUGAAGGCUGAUAUUAGAAAGGGAGAUAUGCUGAAAAAACAUGCACUUUACUUAUGGUCUAAACAAGUUGGCAGCAGCGUUCUCAUGGAAAAGUUGGAAGCUAUAUAUUGUCAAUGGCAACGAAGUUCUAGUUUCCCAAUCUCGUCAAGACACUCACCUGAGUUCUCUAAGCUCCUGUUGGCCAUCCUUUCUCUAAAGCGAACAGUGAAAUUAAAUUAUGCCAAGUUCAACUUGAUUCUGGAGGAAAAGUACAAAAAUGAGGUUAAGACGCUGAACUUUGCUGAUGACAGUGCCUUAUAUCAACCUGGUUUCUUUGUCGACAUGUGAGCAAUCCAAACAGCAAUCCAAAAAAGCCUCCUUGACCUUUUAAUCUAAAAACUCUGACAAACAGUCUCAACGUACUUUACAGUCGAUCUCUUUAUUUUAAAAGCGAACUUUGAAACAGACAAAAGCGAACUUUGAAACAGACAACUUUGGGAAUGACAAAAGCUCUUACCAAAACGAAUUUUGGUCAAUGAAAAAACGAAGAUUGGGUUUUACAAAAACGAAAUCAGUUUGUUAGAAAGCGAAAAUUGGAGAUGGAGGCACUGUACAUGUAUUUUGCUCUCAUUUUGAAACUAAGUCACAAGUGACGCACAAUCAAGAGAGCCGCAAAAAAAAUAAAAUAAAAAAACCU